CUCGACCUCAAUCAUGUAUCUCCUCCGCCGAACCGCUGCUCGUGCGAUCAGCGCAUCGCCGUCGAAGGCGCUUUUCACACAGCCGCGAUCCAUCGCCACAUUCACACCCGCUGCUUUCCGCACGCGACAGCAGCAAUGGUCGAUAGCGGCCUUCCAGAAGAGGUUCGCUAGCGACGAUGCGUCCCAGGCAGCCGCAUCUGAUGCUCCCGAGAACUUUGCCCAGACGGCCACAGAGGCACCUGUCGAGGAGAACUUGACCCCUGCGCAAGCAGCAGUGCAGGCAGAGCCCACCGACGCUUCUGCUACCAUCGGAAUCGAUGCUCUGGACGCCGCUGCCAAGGCCGCAGACUCUCCCAGGAGCGACCAACGAAGGAGCAGGGAACGUACAACCCCGGCCGAGCCCAACACCAUGCUCUACAUCGGCAAUCUGUACUACGAAGUCACUACGGAUCAGCUGAAGCGUGUCUUCUCGAGGUUCGGUGAGAUUGAGAGCGUUAAGCUCGUCUACGACAACAGAGGUCUCAGCAGAGGAUUUGGAUACGUCGAGUUCAAGAGCGUGGCCGAUGCCCAGACGGCUGUCGACAACCUAGACAUGCAAGUCUUUGAGGGCCGCAACCUCGUCGUUCAGUUCCACCGUCCCAAAACCAACUCCAAGACUCUCGGCGCCAGCGGUUCCUACGAAUCUAACCCCCCCUCCAAGACCCUCUUCAUUGGAAACAUGUCGUUCGAGAUGUCGGACAAGGACCUGAACGAUCUAUUCCGUGACAUCCGUAACGUCAUGGACGUUCGCGUUGCCAUCGACAGGAGAACCGGCCAACCGCGGGGUUUCGCUCACGCUGACUUCAUCGACGUUGCUAGUGCUACUCAGGCCAGGGAGGUUCUGAAGGAGAAGACCAUUUACGGAAGGCAGCUCCGUGUCGACUUCAGCAGGUCUGGCGCAAGGGAGGGAGGUGACCGGGACGGUGACCGGGGAGGCCGUAGGGACGGCGGUGACAGGUAUGCUGGUGACAGGGGGGGCCGUGGGGACCGUGGAGACCGUGGAGACCGUGAGGAUCGUAGGGACAGGCGCAGGGACUCUCCCCAGGAGUAGACUCUCUUACGCGUUUUGGAGUUCACUACUACGAAAAGUCGAAAGGGACAGGACUGGCAUCCGUACGAGUUGCGGACAUGAAUCUUCUACCGUGUUCUUUUCACAUUGUCUUGAUAGUUUGGACUGCUUGUAUCAUAGUAGAGGAGCAUGGCGUUCCUUCACCAC